AGAUUGCAAAUGAUGGAAAAACUAAGUGUUACCAAUAGAGCAAAAUCAAAAUAUCGUACAUAAAUGAACGUUUCAUUUUUUAUUUCUGAGUCUGCAGGAAUUUCAACUUCUUACACAAGUAUAAAUUUGUAUAUUUUAACCAGAAUAUUUUAAACCUUAGGAAUAUACAUACAAGAAUAUACAUAUGUUAUUUAUGAAACUUUAUAUUUCUUCAAUGUUUUCUACACUGAUAGCACGUGUUGUCACUCUUCAGUUGUAACUGCAAGUAUGAGAGAGAAGGUUAUAUUUUUACUUAAAGUUGUAUAAAAAUGUGAAAUAUAAUAUGAUUGUACGAUAAUAUGUAAUAAAACAUGUUUCCCCUAAAAGAAUGCUUGUUCAACAUUUGCCAAUAUUAUAGAAAUUUCCUGAUUACAAGUAAAUUGUUUGAAUCACGUUGUUCAGUGUUGUUUAACCUGAAUAGGGGGGUUAAUUUAUCUGUGCAACAAUUAUUUUGUUCGAAAACGAAUUUACUCGUAACUGAUGAAAAUGUCAAGAAAUGUUUAAAUUAUCUUAUGAAUGCAUAUCAAGGUAAUGAGAAAGGAGCAAGCGUUUCUGAAAUUCUUAAGUUAAGUGAAAUCCCGCCACUGUUGAACAACAAGAUUAAGAUAAUUGAAAACAUAAAGAGUUUGAACGACUUUGCAUGUGAAAAUGAAGAAAUGAAAGAUCUUGCUAAGGAGGAAGAAUUAACAUAUAUGCAACAGAUGUCACAGGUUGAUGAAAAAAUUUUAGAUGUUAUUUUACAAUAUGGAAGUGUAGAUAAUUAUGAUAAUGUUAUUAUGGAAAUAGCACCAGGUGUAGGUGGUCAAGAAGCUAUGUUGUUUGCCAAAGAUUUAUUAGCUAUGUAUAUAAGUUACUUUGAACAUCUGGGAUUUACUUAUGAGAUAUUGGAGUUGCUUGAAUCAGGUGGACUAAGAAAAGCUACUUUGUUAAUAACAGAUAGUAAUGCUUUCAAAAAGUUAAAGUAUGAAAGUGGUGUGCAUAGAGUACAAAGAAUUCCAACAACAGAGAAAUCUGGUCGUAUACACACCAGUACAGCUGUUGUAUCAGUCUUACCAGAACCCAGAGAUGUAGAUAUUAAAUUAGAAGAGAAAGAUUUGAUAAUAGAAUCAAAAAGAGCAUCCGGAGCUGGAGGCCAACAUGUAAACACUACAGAUUCAGCAAUCAGAAUAACUCAUGUACCUACUGGUAAAAUUAUAACUUGUCAGACAAGUAGAUCUCAAAUAGAAAAUAGAAAGCUAGCAUUGAGAAAACUGAAAACCAUUCUAUUUGAGGAACAGUUGGACAAACAAAUUUCAUUUAUUAACAAAAUACGCAGGAAACAAAUGGGAUCGAGAUUAAGGAAUGAAAAAAUUAGAACGUAUAAUUUCAAUCAAGACCGACUUACGGAUCAUAGAAUACCAAAUGGUACAAUGUAUAAUUUAAAAGAAUUCAUGGAGAAAGGAGAGGCUCUGGAAGUACUGGAGGAUAGAUUGCAUAAAGAUAUGCAUCUAAAAACUAGGCUGGAGAUUAUAGAGGAAAUGAUAAAUCAAUUCAAGUAACACACUAGUUCAAUUUCUGCCAGUUUGAUAAGAAACGAUUUUCAUUUUACAUAGGCAAGCCAUUGUACAUAGCAAAUUGUAAUAAACUCUGUGUAAUACAAGUAA